UUUAUUCAUUUUUGGAGAUUCUUACUUUGAUGCCGGAAAUAAUAAUUACUUGAAAAAUACAAGCAAGGCCAACUUUUUUCCCUAUGGAGAAACAUUCUUUAAACAUCCUACCGGAAGGUUCUCCGACGGUCGAAUUAUUCCAGAUUUUAUUGCCUGGAAAUGAAGAAUAUAAAAGUGGAGUGAAUUUUGCGUCAGGUGGAGCCGGUGCUCUUAUUCAAACUUUUCAAGGAUAUGUAAUAGAUUUACAUACACAGCUUGAUUAUUUCAAGAAUGUAAAGAAGCAGCUAAGGAAGAAAUUAGGUGACACAAGAGCAAAAAAAUUAUUAUCAAAGGCCAUUUAUUUAUUCAACAUUGGCCUCAAUGAUUAUACAGCACCACCCCAAACAAAUUCUACUAUACUUCACCAUUACACCAACCAACAGUACGUCGAGAUUGUUAUUGGCAACCUCACCACUGUAAUCAAAGAAAUUUAUAAAAACGGAGGAAGAAAAUUUGGAUUUUUAAAACUGUUGGAGUUGGGUUUUCUACCUUCAGUUAGAGCACUUGAACAAACUAAUAGUAGAAGAAUUAGCUUCAAGGAAGCUUCAACUCAAAUGCAAUUACACAAUAAGGCACUUCCUAAGACUCUUAAGGAUUUAAAGAAAGAGCUGGGAGGAUUUAAAUAUUCAAUUUUUGAUUUAUAUACGUCGACAAGUGAAAGAGUUAACGACCCUCUUAAAUACGGUUUUAAGAAUGGAAAAUCUGCUUGUUGUGGGGGUGGACCAUUUAGAGGAAUCGAACCGUGUGGAUUAAUUAAAGAUUACGAAUUGUGUGAAAAUCCUGGUGAUUAUUUGUUCUUUGAUGGCAACCAUCCAACAGAGAUUUUCAAUAACCAAAUUGCUAAGCUCAUGUGGAGUGGAAAUUCUAAGUUCACAAGUCCUUACAAUCUCAAACCUCUACUUGUGGCAUAGUCAAUAUUAUUAUGUCUAUUUUCCAUUUUUAGUUGGAGGACCAAAAUUAUCUAUGUUAUAGUAAGAAUAAUUCUUCCCAAUAAUUACCAUGAACGAUGAUGAUCUAUGUUGAUUAAAUUUUAAUAAAUAUAAUAAAAAUUUUAAUAAAAUUUUAUUAUUUUAUUAUUUAUUCGAAUUAA